CCUACUGAGGAAGUCGCAGCUAACCCAAACUACGACAGUUCCAUAAAGGCAGACCCUGAAGCAGCGACCGCAGCAUGCAGCCGCCACCCAGGAAGGUAAAGGAAAGCCAGCAGGUGAAGCUGCUAUUCUCAGAGCAGCUCAGCAAACUGCAGUCCAAACAGCACCAGGACACCGAGCUGCUGGACGAGAUCAGGUCCUUCAGUAAGCAGAGAGCGGCUAUAGAGAAGGAGUAUGCUCAGGCUCUUCAGAGGUUAGCUGUCCAGUACCAGAAGAGAGACUGGCAGAGAGGAAAUACAGACACUGUGAUUUCUGGGAGUGUGUUUGGAGUGUGGCGCUCGGUGGUGGACGCCACAGCUCAGACUGCCGCCUCUCGACUCGCUGCUGCAGAAGAAUACCGUCGGCUUUUUGGAGACGCUUCCAAAAGCAUCCACAACGCCAAGGAGAUCCGCGCCAAACGAGUUCUGGAGCAGCUGCAGAGGGUGCAGGGCGAGGUGGUGGACACGCUGCGUGAACUGCACAGGGUCAAGAAGAACUACCACCAUCUGAGUCACAUCGCCGGCAUGGCCAGAGAGAAAGUGGCUGACGCUCAGACGAGAACUAGAAAGAGUGAACAUGGGAUUUUUCAUUUCAAAUCAGGUCAACAUAAGAUGACUGCUAAGCUCAGUGCCAGGCUGAAAGAGUGUGAGAACCGUUUGAAUGAAGCUCGUAAUGAAUACCUGCUGACUCUUGCAGCCGUCAACUCACAUCACCAGCACUACCACACCAAAGACUUACCUCUCCUAAUGGAGCAAAUGGACGGAGACAUUUAUGACAAUUUGAGGCACCACUUCAUCCAGCUGUGUGGGACAGAGAUGGACACCUGUCUGGCCUCGCACAAGCAGUUCAGCAAGAUAUGGGAUGGUGUUGCUAAGGUGACCAGAGAGAGGAAUGUUCAACAGUUUUUGCAGGAAUCCAUUUCCUUCACAAGAACAUCAGAUUUCAUCUUCCAGCCUGCUCUGCGGGACGUGAUGACUGGACUGCAGGACAUGCAGGACUCUGAGGGAGAGAGCUGCUUGGUGAAGGAGGCCAAGAAAUGGGCUGCCAAGGCUGCCAAGGACUACAAGAUCGCCACUCAUGGGGAAAGGGCUCUGGAGAUGCUGGAGAGUCGACGGAAGCUGUUGUCAGGGGAGACGGGGCUCAGUGUGGAGCAGAAGAUCACAGAAGUUCAAGAGACUGUCAGGAAAGCAAAGCUCAGCAAGGCGAAGGCAGAGGCUCGCCUCGCUCUGCUGGCCCUCAGCGUCACGGGGACCCAACAGUGGCUCCACAACGCCAUGAAGCAGGCGGAGGAGGAGCUGGAGACAGAGCGCCGUGUCAGCGAGCAGAGAAGGUCCACAGAGGAGUUCUCAGAGGAUGAGUUUGAGCUGACUGACUUUGAGGACUAUGACGAUGAGAAUGGGGACAUAUUUGCAAACCCAGUUUCAGCCUCUAGAGUGUGUGUGUAUCCUGCAGCCUGCAGAGUUGUCUACAACUAUCAGGCGAGCCAGUCAGAUGAGCUGUCGGUCACAGAGGGCGAGGAGCUGCAUGUGGUUGAAGACGGAGAUGUGGAGGAUUGGCUGAAGGUGUGUAACUCCUGUGGCCAGGUGGGGUAUGUUCCUGAGCGCUAUGUGCAGUUUCAGUGUCUACCAGCAGAGGACGCUGCUCAGCUGGACAGUUCCUUCAGCUCCAGCUCGUCCUCAGGGAUUAAAGAGAGAGCAGGGGCCACCGGUGUUGUCAAAGCUCUGUACUCCUACCAAGCUCAAAGUGCAGAAGAGCUUUCCUUCCAGGAGGGGGCGCUAAUUCGUCUCAUACGCUGUCUACAUGGAGAGGUAGAUGAUGGUUUUUGGGAAGGAGAACUAGAUGGGCGAAUCGGUGUUUUCCCGUCAUUGCUGGUGGAGCCCCUGCAUGAAGAAGAAGAGGAGGAGGAGAAAGAGGAGAAGGAGCCUCUCCAUACUGCAGCUAUACCUGCCUGCUCACCUCCGAUCCCAAUCCCCUCAGCGACUGCUGGUAACUCUGCAAACACUGCGACUCCUCCUGCUGGUGUGGAGGACAAACAGCAGUCUGUUCACAUAGAAGAGUCUCAGGUUGCUGAGGCUGACGCUAGAGGCCCCACUCCUCCAGAGUUCCCCAGUGAUCGAUUAAAACCAUGUCGGGCUCCCCCUCCUCCGCCAACGAGCUCCACGUGGGACUGUUGAGCUUCACAGGAAAUAAUGACUUAUUUUGAGCCAAUCAGCAAUGGUUCAUGCCUCAGCAGACACCAGUGGUGUUCUCACUGGCAAAGUUGAGCUGCAACACAGACACUAUACAGGUUUCUCUGCAAUGUUUAAAUGUCAUGAUGAUCUGCACACCCUUUAACAGGUCUCCGGUUCGGCAGUGGUAGCCCUUCUUCUUCAGCAGGUGGCAGAUAAGGAAGCCCAGCAGACCCGUCAAGAAGAAGAGGAAGAC